GGGUAAAACAAUAAAUCGAAGCUAUCACUUUAAAUCUUCAAUCUCUGGUACAGCAGAGAUCAUAAACUGUUUGUUGGUGGAGCGUGGGAAAUAUUACAAUAUCUCAUCUUGGAUACCCCGUGUUUCCGAACAGUUUACAGACGGUUAUUCGUAGUAAUUUAUUACAAAUAAUUCUGUCUACAUAGAUAGGUCUUUCAUAAGCACUUAAUAUUGUUUACCAAAGAAAUGGUGAUGGAGAAGCCAAGUCCCCUGCUUGUAGGGCGGGAGUUUGUGAGGCAGUAUUACACACUCUUAAACAAGGCACCAGAUUUCCUGCACAGGUUUUACGGGAGGAAUUCUUCCUAUGUACAUGGAGGACUUGACCCAAGUGGGAAGCUGGCAGAAGCAGUGUAUGGGCAAGCGGAAAUCCACAAGAAGGUCAUGUCUCUGCAGUUCAGUGAAUGCCACACAAAGAUCAGGCAUGUGGAUGCCCACGCCACACUGAGUGAUGGAGUGGUGGUGCAAGUCCUUGGAGAACUGUCAAACAAUGGACAACCCAUGAGGAAGUUUAUGCAAACUUUUGUGCUUGCUCCAGAGGGUUCUGUGGCAAACAAGUUCUACGUCCACAAUGACAUCUUCCGUUAUGAGGACGAAGUUUUUGGAGACUCUGAAGCUGAGCUUGAUGAGGAAUCUGAGGAGGAAGUUGAAGAGGAGCCAGAAGAGAGACAGCCGUCCCCUGAGCCACUUCAAGAAAGCCCCAACAGCACCACCUAUUAUGACCCUCACCCUGUCACCAACGGAGUGGAGGAGCCCAUGGAGGAGCCAGCUCCAGAACCAGAGCCGGAACCGGAACCAGAGCCCAAAGUAGAGGAGAUCAAGCCUGAAGUAGAUGAGAAGGUUCUGGAAGAAAUGGAGGAAAAAGCACCAUCACCUGUUCCUGUGGAGUCUCCACCAAACACCCAGGAACCUCCCAAGACUUUCUCCUGGGCCUUGGUGACCAGUAAAAACCUGCCUCCUACUGGCACAGUCACCUCCUCUGGAAUGUCCCCCCAUGUUGUUAAAGCUCCAAGCUCACAGCCCAGAGUGGAGCCCAAGCCGGAGACACAGACAGCACCUCUUCGUCCCAGAGACCAGCGCACUCGCGACAGACCGACCUUCACUCCACGGGGUCCCAGACCUGAUGGUGUUGCGUCUUCUGAGUCACAAACAGGAAAACCACAUUUGAGUUUUGUUAACAAAGGUGGCCGGGGAGAAGCCGAAUCUGGUGACAUGGACGGCAGGCGGAACCCCCGUUAUCCAGACAGCCACCAGCUUUUUGUUGGAAACCUCCCACAUGACAUUGAUGAGAGCGAACUCAAAGAGUUCUUCAUGACAUAUGGAACUGUGGUGGAACUGCGGAUCAACACCAAGGGCGUUGGUGGGAAGCUGCCCAACUUUGGAUUUGUGGUGUUUGACGACUCUGAUCCUGUGCAAAGAAUCCUGGGAGCCAAGGUAGAAGGGCCCAUCAUGUUUCGAGGCGAUGUGCGUCUGAAUGUGGAGGAGAAGAAGACGAGGGCAGUGCGUGAACGAGAGACCCGCGGUGGAGAUGAACGUCGGGACAUGAGGCGCAACGAUCGGGGUCCUGGAGGUUCACGAGGCAUCGUGGGAAGUGGAAUGAUGCGUGAACGUGACGGGAGGGGACCACCGCCUCGAGGUGGCAUGGCCCCCAAACCUGGCAUGGGCUCCGGAAGAGGCUCUGGUGGCCAGGGAGAGGGUCGCUUCACAACCCAGCGCCGCUGAGAAGAGCACCACCUGCAGUGUGGAAGUAGUAUCGUGUUCUUCAUCUUCAACCGUUCUCGUUAACGAAAAGAAAUCUUCAUGUAUAAAAGUAUAUAUUUGUUUUUUUUGGUUCAUUUUUUAUUUUUUGUUCCCUCUUUGCUUUGGAAUGUGACACAGCCUGUCAACCAUUUGUUUGUGAACUAGACAAAACAAAAUAAGCAAACAAAAAAAAUUUCGCUUAUUAGUUGUGAGCUGAGCAUCCUUUUCGGGUAUCUCAAGAAUUCACAGACUUUAAUUUGUAAAUUCGUGAAAAAAGGCAAACCAACCAGGAGUAAUCUGCCACAUUAGGAGGGACUGAUGAGACUUUUAACUACAAUAAUACAGCCCAUCAUUUGGAAAAGAGAUUAUAUGCCUUGACUUAACUGGGGCGCUGCUUCACGAAAUCCCUCUAUUGCACAUUUUAUAUGGUAGUUUUCUGCCCUUUACUGUUGGAAAAGAGUGAGAUGCAAAAUUUGUGCAGUUCCAGGGGAAAAGCUUGCCUUUUACUUUUUUCCUUUUGAGAGACCACUGCUUCAAAAUUGCAUAAUGCACUCAUCAAUAUGCACUAAUGGGUACUUUUUGUCAUGUUACAUUGACAUCCAUGCUCGGAACGCAGCUGGAGAGACCUGUUUUGUCUCAAAGCGAUACGACUUACCGGGGCAGGCCUCACUCACAGCCUGUCUGCUGUGACCAAUGUACUUUUCACACUUUUGACCCAAAACUACGCUUCAAUUACUGCUGGAUGGACAAGAUGACAAGCAAAUCUACAUUAUAUUUUUCCUCAUUUGUAAAUCAAAUAAAAAAAAAAAAAAAGCUCAAAUCCUGGACUUUCACCAAAUGAGUGGGGGAACAAAGGAUAAACAAGAAACAAGGUUGAACAAUAGAAGAGUGGUAAUGAUGGGGGCUCGCUCUGUUUUUCUUUUGAUUCCAAGUUUGUUUAUUGUUUUUGUUUUUCUAUUUUUUUCCUUUUUUUUUUUUUCUUCCCCUGCCAGCUAGACUGCGAAAUUGGGACGGGCGACACCUCCCUCCCUCUUCCCUCCCUUCCUGUCUUAAGUGCGGAGUAACCGAAUAAAUGUACAGCAAAAAUCAUAGUUUACUGUAUGUUUUGCUUUUCUGUGUAUAUUUUCAUUUCUCUCUCGACUUGAUAAAAGCAUGAUGGUGCCUUCUAUUUCACCUUUUCCAGUCUUACUAAAGCGUAAAGCGGUUCGAGGCUCGCUGCCUCCUAGUAAACUGAGCUGCUCAUUUUGAACUCUUGUCUGCUGGGAGCAGAUUAAAAAGAAAAUACUUGCAGUAUUCAUAAAAAUUUACGUUUUUUCAGGUGCAUAUUUCAUUUUUUUUCCAUACUGUUUUACUACCUAAGAUGAUCUGCUGUGAGUUUUGUACAUUUGUGUUGUAAUUGUGUCUGUUCUGGGUUUUGUAGAGACAAUAGGUGCCUCGAGUUCUGUUUGUUGUUAAAUGGUUAAAGAGGUGCAUCUGAAGAACUUCUCCCAAAAAAAAAAAAAAAAAAAGGUACAUUAAAGAUGGUGACAGUGAACUGCUUGGUCUUUGGUUUAACGAGUUCUAGCUCUACACGACCAUGGUUUCUGAGGUUUGGAAAGUGAAAAAUGUCUCACAAUAUGGUUCGGACACUGUUGAUCCUUUUCGGUCUGACCAUAGUUUUUUGUGACUCAUGGCAGCACUCGGGUUAAUCCCUGGACUCACAAGUUGUCAGACUGUUCUUUUCUCAGCUACAAUUUUGUAAUGAUCUGUGUGGGUGGGCUGGCUAUAGCUCCAGCCUGCAGACAAGCAAAUAAUUGUGCUCACUUUUCUAGCGUUAAUGCAUUUGUAUUUUCAUAUGCUGAUUAUUCACUGUGCUUAUUUUAUUCAGUUAUUUUUUUUUCCAUUCAAGGCAAGUCUAAUCUGAAUGCCAUACCAGUCGGCUCCUUCUUGUCCACUAGCAUCUUUUGUGUUUUUUUUACCACUCGGUAGGGAGGGAAGACCUUUGGUUUCAGCUGGAAAGGAAAACACGACAAAUGAGAUGUUAUCUUUUGUUAUUAUUGUUUUUGUUAUCUUGCACUGAACUGGGAAGUGAAAUGAUGAUGUAGCAUUUUUCUUGACAAAUAUACUAAUGAGGUCUUCCUUGUCUGGUGGUAUUGCACUAUUUCCAACAUUUCUGGGACAAUCUGUCAGUUUGAACACAGCCUCUCCAAAUUUCUCAUCUGGCAGUGAACAAGAAAAGCGAGAGAGAAAAAAAAAAUCUUGUUAUCAGCACUCUCACAGUUAAAACAAGAUGUGAUGUACAGAUACGACAUAUUUAAGGUAGAUUUCCACAGUAAAAGCUUGGCUGCUCGCCCUCGUGGUAGAGAUUAAAUAUCUUUUAGAUGUGAGAGUAGUUUUUGAACUUACCAUCAGGUAAUAUUAAAGAAAAAUUCCAACUCUUUGGUCCUCCAGUGUUGAACACUUCUCACGGGUGCCUCAACCCUCCCCCACCCACCCCCCACCAAAUGUUUAUUUGUCAGGUAAUUGCUUUACAUGAGCACUUGACUGCAAUCGUGCUUUUUUACAGCAAUGGUCGAUAAGGAGAGUGGUGAAGAAGAGCCAUCAUGCUUUCAGACCAAUCUCCUGCUUUUUACAUGUUAGUGGAGGAAAAAAAAUGUUCGAACAUAGAAAUUUAUGGUUGGAUAAUUCAUGUGUUUCACUGAGGUUUUCAACGACUCAUCCCUUUCCAAACUUCCAAGGAUCCUCAAAUGAAGAUAAGAAAAAAAAAAAAGAAGAAGCUGUAAAUCUGUUGUCCUGUGGUUAAAAAAAUGCAGUUAGUGGAUCCUCAUUGUGAAUCAUUCCAGUCCUUUCCAAAUGGAAAUAGAAGUACCUUCUUGGCUCUAGCAGGUGUGGUAAACAGUUGGCUGCCAUCUUAAUUUUACUGUGUUUACCCUUUACUUGUUGCUAGUACAAAACUGUUGCAGGUGGAGAAUCUUUUUUUUUUUUUUUUUGUAUUUAGAUCUUUUUGUUAUUUUUUUCCUUUUCAUUUUUGAAUGUGUUGGACUUAACAUACAAUAAACUACUGAUAACAGCACCGCUCAAA